AUGGGUAUUUUCAAACAAUCUCCAUACCAAGACCCUCGUACGUUUAAAAUGACACCAGCCAUGAUUAGAGCAAGACAACCGUACUUUGUUAAAAAUAUGAUUGGGUUAGGUAUAUUAGUGGGUGUGACUGCUGGUAUUUAUGCUUACACUUAUAGGAUAUUACAUAAAGACGAUGAUUUCAGUGAUAUACCAAUUCCACCUAUUGAUGAGAAAGAAUUGGAAAAAUUAAAGAAGGAAUAUGAAGAUCAUAAAAGAGAGGAACAAAAGAAAUAA